AUGGGGGUACAAAGAGGGGAGCGGCCUCACAGGAGAGGCUGCGGGGCUGGGCGGGCCGGUGCCGGGUCGCGAGCUCCGGCGCCCCCCAUCGCACCCACAGAGCAGCUCCAGGCAGAGCCCGGGGUGGUGGCGGCGGCAGCGGCGGGGUGCGGGCAGAGGGAGUCGGCCCCCCCCUCACUUCCCAUUCCCCAGGAGGUGUACCUAGUCCAGGAGGGGCUGCGGGACCCCAUGGAGGUGAGAGGCGGCGACACCUACCCCUGGGGGUCGGAUCGCAGACGGCUGGAGGCAAAGAGGGAAACCUGGGGACGGAGGCGCGGGCUCCCAAAGUGCUGUCCUCGGAGAGGAUUGUCAUUGAGUUACGCGAACAGUGGAGGUGGCAAGUCGCCUGGCCGUUUCGGUCAUGGCUUUACCCUGCGUGACGUUUCUCCCAUUUCCUAUUCCCGUUUUGUACAGCCGAAAGUAGUGUUCCGUGGAGGUGCGAACCGCUGCUGGAACCUCAGCGCCGACACCAGCAGAUUAACAGACGUACUCAACGGCGUGAUGCUGACUGGCUCCACUGCCUUCUACGAUUGCCGCAAAUCUCAGAGUGAAGGCAAUGUUGACCUAAGGCAGAUCUACACUCCACUUUCUCCAUCAACAGAAUUUUCAAGUUCUGUAGAUUCUUCACUUUUCUAUGCACCCUGGUCUACUUACGGAGAUGAUACUAAACAGCCUUCUAAUUCUCAGAUCAAUGUAAAGAACAGGAUUCAAACAGAAAGAAAUGACUAUGGCAGUGAAACAGACUUAUAUGGACUUGUGUCUAACAUUUUGGAAGAACAAGAUAAGACACAGCCAUAUUUUGCUGAGGGGACCUGCUCCUCCAAUUUAAAGUCAGUUUGGCCAAUGAAUACAAACAGAUUUGCAGAUCACCAUGACCUCUUAACAGAAACCAAAAGGCCAAUAGAUACAGCCAUCGCUCAGCAAGCUUUUUAUAGUGGUGAAUCUGUGUCAGCAGUGGAAAAGCAAUACCUGCAUAAUAGUAAUCUCACACCACAACAAAAAAUAGAUGAACUUUAUCAUGGAUUUACUGGUUUAGACCUUGAAGAACAAUGGAUAUACCCCUCACGAAGUGAUCAUCCUAACUGUUACAAUAUUCAGACAAAUAAUACAGCUAAGACAACAUUUCAAGAAUAUUCAUUUACCAAAAGCUGUUUUAUUCCACAGACUGGUCUGUCUGACAUCAUGAAAGGAUCAGGAGUUGAUACUUACCCUUAUGGAAGAGAGAAAAUAUGUGCUAAAGGUCUUGAAGCACCAUUACAGCAAAAAAGGGCAGAAAUGUUUCUUUCCCAAUUUAAUAGAUACAAUGAAAAUGCAGAUUAUUGUAGAUACCCAGAAUAUGCUCAUCUUAGUAAGGCUAAGCUGAAUAAGUGUUCAAAUUUUAGUGUCCAAGACAGUAAAAAAUUAGUCAGUGGCACAUCUGAAACAGCAACUGUAGAAGCAGACACUUACACAAAGUUAUUUCAGGUUAAACCAGCAAAUCAGAAAAAAAUGGAGGAGACAAUUGACCAGCAGAAUUUCACAUUUCCAAAAACUACACCACUUCUGACAGAAAAACAGUUUGCAAAGGAAGCAGCAUUCACUGCUGAUUUUGGCUUAAAACCAGUAUAUGGACUAAAACCUCAUACAGCUUGUCCAUCUAAUGAUUUUGCUAAUAUCACAGAAAAGCAACAGUUUACUAAACCUGACCCCCCAAAUUCUGAUUAUUUUAAAUCAGUGAAUUUAUUAUCAAAGUCAGCCACAUCUUCAGGUGGUAUUAACUUAAACAGACCAACUUGGAUGAAUGUACAAACAAAAAACACUCCUAUUCCUUAUCAAAAUCAAGGGAACUUAAUAAAAUUAAAUAGCCAUUUAAAUGCGGUUUCAAAAGGUUCUAACCAUUCUAAAGAUUUCCCCCAACUAUCAUCCACAAAUUUAACCCCAAAUAGCAAUUUAUUUCAGAAGUAUUGCCAAGAAAGCCUUUCAGCAUUUUCUGGUUUUGAUUUUGGUUACAAUGGUGCAGAAAGAAUUCAACCUGUCGAUCACAUGGAAGCACUGACAAAGACUGGAGAAGAAAAUCUCUUUGAAUCGAUUACUGAUAAAAAAAUAAAGCAGCCAAAUGGAUUUUGUGAUAACUAUUCAGUUCAGCAGUAUGGGAUCACUGAAAAUGUAAAACAUAAUUUUCAAGCUAAGCCCCAGAAUGGACGUUAUGAUCCUGAGGAAGGUCCAAAGCAUUUAGAUGGCUUAUCUCAAACUACAUACCAAGAUCUGUUGGAGUCACAGGGUCAUUUUAAUAGCCACAGACAGGGAAGUGGAGACAACAAUAUUAAUAACCGUGUGAAUCGUGCACAGACGUCAUGUUUUUCUAAUAAUUAUAUGAUGGGAGAUUUAAGACAUAAUCAGAGUUUUCAACAACUUGGCUCAAAUGGAUUCCCCCAAAGAUCUGCCUACCCAUUUGGACAUUCAGUUGUUCCACUGAAGGAGUCCUAUGAUUUGUUUUCUUACGAUGACUUAAACCGUUUAUACCCUUAUUUUAAUGAUAUGAUGUAUGGUGAUAAUUCCUUCUCUGGUUUCAUGCCAACUUUUGGAUUUCAAAGACCAAUUAAGACCCGUAGUGGACCAGCCAGUGAGCUUCAUACUCGUCUAGAAGAGUGCUAUGAACAAUGGAGGGCAUUAGAAAAGGAGAGAAAAAAGACUGAAUUGGUCCUUGCCAAGAAUUACCCAGGAAAAAAAGUAUCCAGUACUAACAAUACUCCAGUUCCAUGGCUGACCUCUAACCCUUCUAGAGUUGAUCGCUUAAUUGUGGAUGAACUUCGAGAACAAGCCAGAGUUGUGACUUUACUAGGCAAAAUGGAACGUCUUCGAAGCUCUCCCCUUCAUGCCAAUAUCUCUACUGCUCUUGAUAGACACUUGGAGUCCAUUCACAUUGUACAGUCACGUAGAAAGGAUGAAAUCGUUAAUACUUCAAAUCGACAAAGGCAAGGAGUUCCUAGAUGCCAAGAUGACAGAGACGUUUUUGCCCUCGCUUCAGCAAUUAAAGAGAUGUGUGUGGCUACUCGGAAAGCACGCACUACCCUGUGGUGUGCUCUGCAGAUGACCUUGCCCAAAACAGCCAGUACAGCUGACCAAACAGAUGUGGAAAAGGCUUUACAAGAUACAGCAAACUGUGAAGAUAAAGUCCAUGAAAGCAUAAAUAGUAGCAAUCCAGUGAGCCAGAGAGGUGAAGCAAACAAACAUUAAGGAAAUGUCAGCAGAAAGAGGAAUAAAAAGCUGAUAAGUUAAUGUAUCAAGACAUGCUAAAAAAUUUUAAUGAACUUGUCAAACUUGAAAAUUUCAGUACAUUACUUUUCUUUCAGAUUUAAAGUUAAUACCUUAAUGAAGUCUAACUUCUAUUUAAAAAAUCUUCUGUUUGUAAUGAAUCAUAUAGUUUAAAGUGAACUCAAAGGUAAUGUUGACUACUCUAGGAGUUCUGAGUAGUCAGAUAAAAAGUUUAAGUAAGUUGAAUAUUUCCUAACAGCUAAAAUAUUGCUUAAGUUCAUUCUGCAGUACAGGUAAAUGCAAAUGUGAAAUUCUUCUCGAAGAUGUUUCAUUUAG